CUAAACCAGCAAACAGGAGCAGAGAUAAGCUUUCAAAUCCAAAGGUAAAUUUAUAGCCUCAUUUUAUUCUAGCAAAUAAACUUAGAAAAUUAUAUAUUUUUUCCAACAGCUAUGUUGCCACUACUUCUUUUAUCAGGGUUUAUCACCUUUACAUUGUGUGUUCCACGUCAGUAUAUUUUUGUUAAUGAAUCCAAGACAUGGACAGAAGCUCAGAGCUACUGUAGAGAUAAAUACACUGAUCUGGUCACCGUUGAAAAUGAUCAAGAGACGGUGCAGUUACUCAACACAGUGAAUGACUAUAACUCCAUUGAUCUGGCCUGGAUUGGACUCUAUGAUGAUCUGAACAGUUGGAAAUGGACUCUAGAGGACAGUGAAUUCUUCAGUCAGGAACAGAAACAGUUCAGGAACUGGUAUAAAGAAGAGCCAGUGAAUUAUGGAGGACGGAGUCUAUGUGUGUACAUGUAUGCAUACUAUGGUGUAUGGUAUACAGCAAAUUGCGACAACACAUUUUCUUUUAUCUGCUAUGACGAAAGACUAAAUGCCAGCACUAGUUAUGUUUUGGUUCAUCAAAACAAAUCCUGGACUGAAGCUCAGAGAUACUGCAGAGAAUAUCACACAGACCUUGUCAGUGUCAGAAAUGAAGCUGAAAUCCAAAAGAUCCGAAAUUCACUAAAGAAUUACUAUUACGGGAGCGUUUGGAUUGGUCUGUACAGAACUAGAUCUUGGUCAGAUCAGAGUAACUCAACAUUUAGUAACUGGAAGACAGGAGAGCCGAGUAAUGCAGGAAACUGUACUGCUGUGUCAUUCAAUGACUCAAUGUGGACGGAUGAAAACUGCAAUGAUCAGUUACCUUUCAUUUGCUACAAUGUGUCCUCUCUGGCAUCAUCCCGUCAGUAUCACUUUAUAUCAGUGAAUAAGAGCUGGUCUGAAGCUCAGACAUAUUGCAGACAGAAUUACAUUGAUCUGGCCACCAUUGAUAACAUGACAGAGAUGAACAGUGUGAUGAACACAGUUAAUGGGAGUUAUAAUGGAUCAGUCUGGAUUGGACAGUAUGAUGAUGUCAACAGCUGGAGAUGGUCACUGGAUGAUGAUGAUUUCUAUCAGGAAGGAGAGAGAGAAUUCAGAAACUGGUUUCAUGAACCGAACAACUAUAUGGGAAAUGAUCUGUGUGUUUAUAUGUUGAAUGAUGGAAGCUGGUUUGAUUUAUCAUGUGAUAAUUCCUUACCAUUUGUUUGCUAUGAUGGAUCAGGAAACACCUCCCAGAGGUAUAUUUGGGUAAAUCAGUCCCGGUCCUGGAGUGAAGCUCAGAGAUACUGCAGACAGUUUUACACAGAUCUGGCCAUCGUGAGAAAUGAAACAGAACAUCAACAGAUACUAAACAUUACAGGUUCUAAUGGUUAUUAUGGGUGGAUUGGUCUGUACAGAAACAGACUGUGGUCAGAUCAGAGCAACUCUUCUUUCACAUACUGGCUGCCUGGGACGCCAUAUGUUUCCUCACAACCAGAUAAUGGUGUAAAUACGCCAGCACUUCGGGGAGCUCAACAUUGUACUGCUGUGUCUUUACAAUCUCUUGGCCAGUGGACAGAUGAGAACUGCUUUGAGCGUUUGCCUUUCUUUUGUUAUAGAGUGGUGGGACUCAGACUGCACGUUACAAGUGAAGAAAAUCUGUCAAAGUCUCGGAUUGAAGAACUCGUGAUUAUAAAACUCCAGGAAGAAUUUAAAAGACGUGGACUUCCCAGUAACUUCACCAUGAGUCUGAGAAACUAUCACAAAAUUGCUCCAUAAUAAAUUACAGCAAAAACGCACGCAUUAUACAUGUAUCUGAUUUAUUAUGAAGUGUCUUUUUAAUUGGUACAUAAUGUUUAAUAUAAUCAACCCAGGCGUCUAUAAACAGUUUUAUAAUUAUAUGUAAUUUUAUAAUAGUAAAAAUUAAAGUGAUCAAAAACCUAUACACAUAAGUAUAAAUGUACUGAUUUAAUCUCAUUUCUAAUCAAAAUCUAAUAAACUGUAUGCUUGUCACUGUAUCAUUUGUUGUAUGUAUGCAAAUCAAUUCUGCAUACUGUAUCCCAAAUGCACUGUCAUUCAUCUUCCAUUAAACGACUCAUUAUUGGGA